UUGACUGCAUGCGCCUCAGUGUACAGUCCUCUUCCAGCUCCUCUUGUCCCCCCUGGCUACUCUGAUCCCAUGGCUGACUCUCCCCUCAACCACUCCUGGCCAUCCUUUUCCAAACUCUGGAUGAAGAGAUGGUCCUUCAAACGAGGCUCAGAGUGUAAGCCGUGUAUCCCGCCCCGUGUGUCCUGUGGCCAGUUUAGAUCCAGUGCCCAGACCAGGAGCAGCUCUGCCUCUUCAGUGUCAUCUGACUGUGUGGCUGAAGAUGUCUUCUUCGACCCCACCUCUGAGGACCAGGAUCGGUGUUCGGUGGUGAGUGAUUAUGACUGCCUGACUGAGGAGGAGACUUGCAGUGGUGACGACUUCAACUCUUCUUUCAGUGACUGUCAGUAUUUUAAAGACUUGGAGGAAGAAAUACUAUUGCCAUCUAUACUGACCACAAGUGCCACUAUCCCAGACCCCCCUGCCCCAGACCCUCUUGCCCCCUCUGCUGUCCCCCAGUACGGCCCCAACCCCAACUACACCCACCUUCCAUCUGAUUCUCAGUCCACCUGCACUUUCCAUUGCAACCUUGUGGUCACCCAGCUCCAACCCAAGCCAAUUCUGACAAAAAUCAUUGACAGUGGUCUCUCGUCUAAUCAAGGUGUUAGUUUGACCAUCAACCUGAAUGGACUGGUAGGAACCAUGGAGUCGACAGUUCCAGAAAAGGAACCAGAAGAUAUGGAUUUAGACACAGAUCUUGACAGCUUUCCCACUUUGGUCCGAUCUAUGUCCACAUCUCGCAGGCACAGCUGGGGCAAUCCUGUGUCCCCCAUUAACCUGGGAAGAAGGCUCAGUUUGGACACUGCUGCUGUGGACAGUGAUGGAGAAGAGGACAGACUCAAUAGCAGCUUUCUGCCCCAUAAACAGCCCAAAGAACCUGAAGAGGACGAGACAGACGGACCCAUAUUGAAGAUCUUGAGAGCAAAGGUUAUUUGAUCUGAAAUAGGACCUAUAGUUAGAAGCUAGGACUCUGAAUGUUCCCAGUGGACAGGGAAUGUGUAAACCAGUGCAGCCGUGUGUCUUAUUAAUGUGUUUUGUAUGUCAUGUUUAGACAAUAACAGUGAUCCUGACCAGAGGUUCUCGUCAGUGGGAUCACCUCAUUGUUUCUGUCUUCCCAUGGGAUUAUUAGUUUAGACACAUACUUGUUACUUGACGCAUAAACAGAGGAGCAGUAAAGAAUGAUGUAACAUUGGAUAGGUGUUGAUUAAGGAGUUCAGUUUUGCACAGUUUAAAUUCAUAGGUUGGCU